GUUUAAAUCAUGGUUGAAAUGCCCAGCAUACAUGUGGUACCAAGCAAGCCUCCUCGACAUUGAGAAACGGCCACGGUGAUGUGUGCGCGCGCGCGCGCGCGUGCUGAGGCCAAACACUGCUCCCAGGUCUCGGAAUAUUUAAAUGACUCACUGAUCUUUUUAUGGAAAGUGGAUAAUGAUCGCGCAGGAGGGAUUCCCCCGAACUUGUUCCGCGUAUUGCUGACAGGAAUGACUCGCUGUGAUUGACGGAUGAACCAUGGGGACGAAGAUCAGCUUUUCUUCGUGCUGGCAUAGUUUUUUUAAAUGUUUUAAAAAGCCGAACCGUGAGGAAAAGGGUGUCACGGUUUUUGUAAAUCCCGCUGCUGACAGUGAAGUAGAUGCAGACUUUCAUUCUAAACGCACCUUACCACCGCUCCCAGCCGGGGGGCCCGGGGGUGCCGGGGACCUGUACAUCGCCCAAUAUGACUACAACGCCCGCACGGAGGAGGACCUGAGCUUCCGCACCGGGGACACGUUGGAGGCUCUGGACAAAAGCGCUGGGGACUGGUGGUUUGCCAAAGCCCUCAACGGGGUAUCGGCGCCCAAAAAGGGAUACAUCCCGGCGAACUAUGUGGCCCCUGUGGAGAGUAUCGAUGCAGAACCAUGGUAUUUUCCCGACACCAAGCGGCUGGAUGCAGAGAAGAUGCUGCUGGCAGAGGGGAACCAGCACGGAGCCUUCCUCAUCAGGAACUGUGAGAGUCAGAGAGGCGAGCGCUCCCUCUCAGUGCUGGACUGUGGGAAGGUGAAGCAUUACAAACUGAAAAAACUGGAGAAUGGUCACGUGUUUGUGUCCAGGGCCCGAUCCUUCCUUACUGUACAGGAGUUGGUGGCUCAUUACUCCCAGGAGGCCGAUGGCCUCUGUGUGCGUCUGGGGGAGCCUUGCAAAAAGAUGGAGGCUCCACAGACUCACGGCCUGUCCUACAACACCGUGGACCAAUGGGAGAUUGAUCGCAACUCCAUCAAGUUGCUAAGGAAGCUUGGCGCCGGACAGUUUGGAGAAGUGUUCGAAGGCCUGUGGAACGAGACCACAGCAGUCGCAGUGAAGACCCUCAAACCUGGAACCAUGGACUCGGAGGACUUCCUGAGAGAGGCUCAGAUCAUGAAGAGGCUGAGGCAUGCCAAGCUGAUCCAGCUGUACGCUGUGUGCACCAUGGAGCAGCCCAUCUACAUCAUCACUGAGCUGAUGAAGAACGGCAGCCUGCUGGACUACCUCCAAAAGGAUAAGGGCGCCAUGCUGGGUAUCUCUGACCAGAUAGAGAUGGCUGCCCAGGUGGCGUCAGGCAUGGCUUAUCUGGAGCUUCAGAACUACAUCCACAGAGACCUGGCAGCGAGGAACGUGCUGGUGGGAGAGAACAACAUCUGCAAGGUGGCUGACUUUGGCCUCGCCAGGGUCUUCAUGAAAGAGAAUGAAAAUGUGUAUGAAGCCAAAGAAGGAACUAAAUUCCCUGUGAAGUGGACCGCUCCGGAAGCUAUGCACGACAACAAGUUCAGCAUUAAAUCAGAUGUUUGGUCCUUUGGAAUCCUGCUGUAUGAGAUCAUGACGUUUGGACAGAUGCCUUAUCCCGCCAUGACCAACUACCAGGUGGUUCAGAGGGUUCCCCAGGGCUACAGGAUGCCAUGCCCCCCCAACUGCCCCAAAGUCAUGUAUGACAUAAUGAUGGACUGCUGGAAGCAGGACGAGCCGGACCGGCCCACAUUCGAGACGCUGCAGUGGAAGCUGGAGGACUUCUUCGACAUGGACGUGACCUCGUACGACGAUGCUGCCCGGUACUAGCACUCUGAGCCAGCUGUGAGACGCUGGAAGACACAAAUAAACUAUUCUUUCUGCACUGAAAAUAAAUCAAAAUCACCUGAAUCCAAGCAUGAACAAUUUCACAGAUUGAAGUGUAAUUAAAAUGUCCACUCGGUCAAGUGAAGGAUCUAAAAUGUUUGAUCUGCAUGUGAUAGAACACUGAGUGGGUCUGGAUGCAGCAGUUGGUGAGGACACAUGUCUUUGUUAGACAACUCAAUGCACUUUCAGACAGGCUGCUGUAACUAAAGCACAGAGACAGAGAGCUGCUAUCCGUCCUCCUCCUCCUCCAACUGGUUCUUCCUGCUGAAAGGAAUGUGUGCAAUACAUUCUUUCCAUUGCCAAGCUACCUGCCAUAAGUCACGAGUCACUUCUGACACGCUCCGUCAGUUCCAGAGUGGCAGGUGCCCUCAACUGCACCCAUUCCUAAAUGCAUAGCUACAAGUGAUUUAAGGUUAUUUAAAGGAAGGAGACUGUCGUUGGUCCCAGCUAAAGGGGCCCAGUAAAUGAAAGAUAAUAAGACUCUAAACUACUACUUCACUCUUAAGGCCACGCCUUGAUUAUAUAAUGAAAUAGUUUCACUUAAGCCUUUGUCCCCUGUAAGACAGGUACAAGAGUUAAAAUGAGGAAUGGAUGUGGUUCAGUUUCUACCGAGCCCUGAAGGAAGAAUGGACAAACCAAAAUGACCUUCUAUUCAUUUACAACAUUAUAUUACAUUUUUAACUAAUAAUUAGAGCUGCACUGUCAUCUAGAAUGAAUUAUAAACAACAUAUUAUUAAGCUUGGUAAUAACUCUUCUUCAGCCUCCACGUCCAGUCUAAACCCUCUUUUAGCUUCGUUUUGGUCUCCACCAACUCCUGGGAAAAUUAAAUCUUUAAAAAUACUCCAUGGUUUGAAACGGCUUCCUGCUGCAUCUGGAACUGUUGAUAGCUAGGAGAGAAUUACUAAUGCAUAUUAUUUACAAUUAAAACACAAGUGUUAUCUUUGACAUCGCAUAAACGGUGUGUUAAAGGUUGUUUAAUGUAAUAUCCUUGUAAUUUGUGUGCAAAAUUGGAGUAAUUUGACAGCACAGGUGAUUAUUAUGAGUGCACACAGAUGUUACUUAUUUAUCCUUUAAUACCUGCUGGCCCUUUUUUCUAGGCCCCCAAAUCUCCCAGCCUGCCCCUGGACUAAUGACUCAAUGACUGAACUAAGCAACACUAUGUGCCCGAUCAUUAGAAAUGAUUUGUGUCGGAUCUGCGUCCACAUUCAGUGUGAGUGGUGGAUGAUUUCAUGCUCUGAUGAUUCUGUAUGAUGUUUUUAGUUUCAUGACCAACAUAUUUUAAUAUUACAUCAUAUCCAUGCCAUUGUUUAUAUAAUCCUGUAUUUUACAUUAUUAAAUGACUUUUAUUUACUAUGA